UCCGGCAAAAGUUCCGGCGUGUUGUUGAUACAAUGUUUUGUAAUCGUUACUUUAGUGAUAUGUCAUGUUUUAUGAAUUUUCUUCGUGUUUAAUUAAAAGUCUGUUUACGAGAUUUCAGCUCCAGAACAACUGGAAUUAUUCAAACGUUGACGUUUCAAACACCUGGAGACAUGAUGUGGGAUGUGUAGUAAGUAAAUAUCCGACUGGGCCUGCACUGUGAGGGAGGAUCUGUGGUUAGCGAGAGAACUUCCGGUUUACUUCUCUGCCUUCACUUCACUGGGUCAAUUGUUCAGGAGGUAAAUCACCAUGGUAACUCAUGCUGCACCUUAAUUAGCAGUAUAAAAUAUGUCCCACGAUUAGAGACGAACACAUGCUCUGUGUGUCCUGCACCAGAUGGAUUAAAAGCAGAGGUUAAAUUUCCCUCCUUGCAUGAGUGUGCUUGUGCAUGUCUGUGCAUGUGUUUGGGACAAAUAAAUAAAUGUAUCUUAAUCUUAAUCUUAAUCUUAAUAUCAGACUGACCUCAUCAGACAUAAACGACUACUCCUCUGUCAUCAUGUUCACAUCAGCAUAUGGUAGGGAUAUAGUGUACUGUAGGUUAAUGUGAAUGUAACUGUGAAGUAAAAUAAACCAUUUGUUCAAUGUAAAUGUAAAUUGAUAUUUUCUCUAAUGUGGCAGUCCAAGCUGCUCUCCUCCACUUUAUUGAUUUACUGUGGCCUCUCUUAACCUUCUCCUUCAUUAACAUUUAAUCUUCUUGUUUAUUUGUUCAUUGUGAGUUAAAGCCCCAAACACCGACACUGCUGUUUUUAAUAUCUGUAACUGAUAUCGUCAGAUCCCUUUCCUACUAUGAGAAUAUCUGUCCCCGCUCUCAUAAAGGUCAUGUGUGGAUUCAUGUGAUUUAUAACCUUGCUCCUUGUUGUCAAACUUUGUUUCCACUUGUAUGCAUAUAAACCCACCGCCCUUUUUUAAUGAAGUGAUAUGUCUGAGGUCAUUUCUCUCACAUGUUUUCCACACGCUCCCCACGCAGCAGCAGGAUGACUCUCUGGGCUCUGAGGCAACAACUUCUGAGAGGCAGCAGUAGCUGUGGAGCCUGGGGCAGGUUACUGCAGAGGCAGAGCAGUGGCUGCGUUUACUCCAACAUCCACGGCUACGACCAGCUGGAGGUCAGGGAGAAGCUCCAGGCUUUUCCUGGCGGCUCCAUCGAUCUGCUGCAGCAGGACUCUGGUGUAGCCGUGCUGACCAUCCACCACCCGACCCGCAUGAACGCCCUGUCUGGCAGUAUGAUGGUGGAGUUGGAGGAACAUGUGAGCCAGCUGGAGAACUGGACAGAAGGGAAAGGCCUCAUUGUCCAGGGUGCUGCUGGAACCUUCUGCUCUGGAUCGGACCUCAGUGCCGUCAGGGCCAUAUCUAACCCACAGGAUGGGAUGAAGAUGUGUAUGUUCAUGCAGAAUGCUCUUACAAGGCUGCUCAGGCUGCCUCUGAUAUCUGUUGCUCUGGUGGAGGGGAGAGCGCUGGGAGGAGGCGCAGAGUUCACCACUGCCUGUGAUUUCAGAUUAAUGGCAUCUGGAAGCGUCAUCCAGUUUGUCCAUAAACACAUGGGACUGGUCCCGGGCUGGGGCGGCGCCACACGACUGGUCCACAUCGUUGGAAGCCAGCAUGCACUAAAGCUGCUUGGUGGCGCCCUGAAAGUGGACCCAGAACUUGGACUGCAGAUCGGACUGGCAGAUGGAGUCCUGGAGGACCCCCGGGCCGAGGAGGGGGCAGGGACUCCCCUCCAGCAGGCCGAGAAGUGGCUCAGUAGUUAUAUAAAUGGACCUGCUGCUGUGAUUCAGGCUGUGAAGAAAGUGGUGUUGUCGGGCAGAGAGCUCCCUCUGUCCGAGGCUCUUAGGGCUGAGAAGGACGUAUUUGGGACAGUGUGGGGGGGCCCGGCAAACCUGCAGGCGCUGGCCAGCAAAUCCAAACACAAAUGAAUUGGGCAAAGUGUUUCCUCUGUAUAUUUACAGAAUAUCAGAAGAGCAGAUCAAACAGAGACAUUUUGAAAGAACUGGACUUGCAUCUCUGGAGAGACACUGAAUUGACAUGACUGAUCUGAGUGUGCUAUGUGAAGGUAGAAACAGAUAAUAAUGGUUUGUCUUCGUUGGCCAGUGGAAAAAGGAAAAUAAACUAUUUAAAAUUAAAUAACAUUCAUACUGCCUCUGUUGUCGAUGGGACUGCUUAUUAUGACAAAUGACAAGUGCAGGAGCUGAGACAUGAGUGCAUUUGAUCAGUGACGCUUCCUGGGCUCCUCAGAAGGUCACAUUUCCUGGGUCGUGAAGUCGUUGUUUGGACUUCAGUGUGUUCAUGUGUUAUAAAUGUGGAAAAAUAAUGGACGCUGUAAACUAAAUGUGUUUUAUGUACGUAUGUAGAGCAUUUAAACAACACCCUGACACCUCUUUCCACACAAACACAAUAUAAAGAGCAAAGAAAAAUGAUCAGAUGUGGCAGGUAUAUAUAUCAUUUAUAUAUGCAUGUUAAUCAUACAAAUAUCAGUGUUGGAUAAAAAAUCUGGUGUUCGGUGCUUGUGAGUGAUGGAAGAACAGUUUGCAAAUGAUAAAAGUAACACAUUAGCAGACUUUACUAAUUAUCGUUCCAACUAAAGAUGGGAUUUAUGUGAAAGUUGUCGGUCAGAAACUGAUUUUUCUGAUAAUUCUGACACCACGUGAACGCACAAUUAAAAUGUUCCUUUUUUUUAUCAAAGUAAGUUAAGAUUACUAUAUUGUCCCAGUGAAAAUGUUGACUCGGACGUCAGUAUCAAAAUUACUAAUACAUUCGUCCCUCACACAUCUACACGGAUCAACGAUAC